CAGCAGAAGACAGACAAUCAGCAUUUAAACAAGCAUACAAACAGUAUAAAGAAGAGAUGGAAAAGUGUUGCGAAAUAAGGUCUUUUGAAUCCUUUGACGAUAUGCAAAAUCAUCACAAGCUUACAAAGGAAGAGUUGUUGACUCAAUUUGAGGAAUCUCUUACGAUGAAAAUUCCUGAGCAGGACAGAGAGUCUUCUAAAGAACUUAAAGAGAAAAUAGAAGAAAAAUAUGACUUGUAUGCAACUGAAGCAGUUAGCAAAGCAGAAAAAGAUAGAAAAGCAGCAUUUCAAAAAGCAUACCAAAGUUACGAGGAUGAGAUGAAAAAGCUGUCAAAGAAUUCGGAUUUGGAAUGGUCGGACAAACUGAAAUCUCAUCAUAAAAAAAUAAAGGAAAAAUCGUUGAAUGAAUUGAAAAACAGUUCCAGGAUGAAAAUUCCAGAGGGCGAAAAGUCGGAUUUGGGGAAAUUAAGCGAGAAAAUUAAAGACAAAUAUUGCUCAUAUGAAGAAAAUACCAAGGAUUUUAAGAUGGUAGAUUUUGCUUCAAAAGUGACUUUGCCGAGUGGUAUAGCCGUCUCAAUCGCUACUGGAUUGGCAUUAGCAUCGCCGGUAGCAUUAGUAGGUGGUGGAGUUAUAAGUUUUGGUCUAGGUAUUUAUUUUACUUAUCGGAAAUCAAAUAUGAAACUCAAAUCACCAUAA